AGCGCACAUCAGCUUGUCACGAGAGUGUGGAAAACAUUUAUUUUGUAAUUAAUUGUGUGAUUGUGAAAGUAUUGUCAAUAUUGGUCUUAUUGGACCUCUAUUAAGAAAAUGCCUGGAGGAGGAUUAACUGAAACAGGUGAACUGUACUCCCCGUUGGUUGGGCUGAUCUAUGUGUUCAAUCUCAUCGUUGGCACUGGUGCCCUUACAAUGCCAUUGGCAUUUGCGAGGGCAGGGUGGGCCAUGGGUGGUGCUCUUAUAACCAUCCUUGCAUUUGCCAGUUUCCUAACAGCAACAUUUGUAGUGGAGGCCAUGGCGUCUGCUAAUGCUGUAAUAAGAUUCAAACGUAAAGAGAAGAAAAGAGAGCUUGAAGAUUCCUCAAGUGAUUCAAAUGAAGAAAUGAAUCGUGACUACCCUCAUGAAGUUGAGAGUGAAGAGAAACAAAGUUUGCUUCAUCCUCCGCCGCUUCAUCCUCGUGAUAAAGAUAAGACACAUCCAGACUACUUUGAUAUUACAGAAAGAGUUGAAAUGGCAACGAUGGCUUCACUGUUCUUUAACAAAGUUGGUGUGAAUCUUUUCUACAUAUGCAUGGCAAUCUACUUGUAUGGAGACAUGGCAAUCUAUGCAGUGACUGUACCAGCAUCUCUUAGAAACAUCACAUGUUCAUACGUUAAGGAGAAUGCAUCAUUACCUCUAAGUGAUGAAGACCCAUGCUGGAAUGGAAACAGUCUGAGUAGAAUCAAUGCAUACAGAAUAUAUCUGACUGUAUUUUCUGUAGUACUUGGCAGUUAUGUUUUCUUCAAUGUCCAGAAAACAAAAUACCUCCAGCUUCUUACAACUUUUCUAAGAUGGCUUGCUUUUUCCAUGAUGAUUGUCCUGGCUCUCAUCGUCCUAGGUGGAGGCAAAGGUCAAGGUCGCCCAGUUGCCAUCGGAGCUUUUGAAAGCAUUCCUAACUUCUUUGGUGUUUGCGUCUACUCCUUUAUGUGUCACCACUCACUGCCAUCAUUGAUUACACCCAUCAAAAAGAAAACUAAAUUAUCAGUUCUUCUGUGUGGAGACUAUACCAUUAUACUCUGCUUUUAUCUCUUAAUUUCACUAACAGCAAUCUUCACUUUCAAAACUGCCAACAUACAUGAAAUCUACACAUUAAACUUCUUUGGGAGUACUCAUGUUACUCAAGUUAUUCCAGUUCAGUACUUCAUUGCGCUGUUUCCUGUUUUCACUCUCAGUACCAACUUUCCAAUCAUAGCAAUUACCCUUAGGAAUAAUGUGAAGAUGUUGUUUGCUAGAGAAGGUCGUCCAUACCACUGGACUAUUGACCGUAUUAUAUUCCCAUUAGUAGCUCUUCUUCCAGGGGUCAUUGUAGCUUUCAUCACAACAGACGUGACCUUAUUGGUGGGUUACACAGGCUCAUAUGCUGGCGCAGGUAUCCAGUAUAUUAUUCCAGCAUUUCUGGUUUAUUUUGGACGUAAGAAGACAGCCAAAUUAUUUGGUCAAAGCUGGAGUAAUAAACACACAUCACCUUUCAAGCAUAAGUUAUGGGUUGUUUUUGUGCUGUUGUGGGCAGUUCUGUGUAUCGGCUUUGUUACUACUAAUCACAUUAUAUCAGCAGUACAGAAUUCUUAACGUUCCAUCAAACUCCAAACUUGUGUAACAUCUUAGUUUGUAUUUUGUAAUUUAAAUGUUUAUGACUUCCAUAUGAACUCCAAUUAUUCUGAGUACAUGUGCACUAAAAUCCUUUCGAAUAGCUUGCCCAAAUUUGAUGAAUUUAGUAGCGUGUAAAAAAAGUUAAUUUUUACAGUGUUGGGCAUUCCAACCAUAUCAGGGUUGAUGCUUGUUAUAAUGAAUUCUGAUAGAUUGGCAUCUGGUUUGCAGCAAAAUAGAUGGGUAGCAUUUGUUCUACAAAUCAUGAUUGUUUGGUGCCUCUUUCAUUUUCUUAUCUGUAUUUAAUGUCCCUUGAAUUUUUGUGGUAUUUUACUUGUAUACAUACACGUAUUCCCCAUUGGCUUUAUUUUAUGAAAUCAAAUCAAAUCUUGAUAGAAAAAUUGAAUAUGUAUGAACUAUACAUCUAUACUAUAAUAGCGCUUAAAUCGCAUGGGCGCCGCCAUUGUUGUUUUGGGCGCCGCCAUGUUGUUUUCACGUCAAGUGGUGCCCG